CCAAAUCCCAAUCUCCGAUCGGUUGAAAACACACCAUCGAAACUAACAAAUCAAUCAACCAGCAAUGGAGAUGAAAGAAGGAUCAGUAAUUCAUCAAGUCCUCAUUAAACUCCUUAACGGUAACCACAAAGCCCUAAAUUUCACUACCCAAUCCAUCUCAACCCAAACCCUAAAGCACAAAAUCCAAACCCUAACUUCAAUUCCAUCUCACCUUCAGCUUCUACUCCCUUCCAAUUCAUUCUACCCUCUUCAUGACAACCAAACCCUAAAUCUCUCAAACGGGUCGGGUAAUUUUCCGGUGGUGGUGCAUUUGUUGCUCCGGUUGAGAGGUGGUAAAGGAGGUUUCGGGUCAUUGCUGAGAGGAGCGGCGACGAAAGCGGGCCAGAAAAAGACGAAUAAUUUCGACGCGUGCAGGGAUAUGAGUGGUAGAAGGCUAAGGCAUGUGAAUGCAGAGAAGAAGCUGGAAGAGUGGAGAGCUGAAGCAGAAGAGAGGAAAUUGGAGAAGAUGGCGGAGGAGUUUCUUAAGAAGAAUGCUAAGGAAGCCGCGAAAAAGGGUAAGGGUGUUAAAGGAGAUAAUACGGAUAAGUAUGUGCAGAAGUAUAGGGAGGAUUCAGCUAAGUGUAUGGAGGAAGUGGAGAGGUCAGUUAGGGAAUCACUUAAGGGAUUUGUGUCAUCUAAAAGGAAGGGUGUUGAGCUCAAUGAAUCAGAUUCCAAAAAGCUCAAGAUAUGGAAGGGUAAGAGGAUAAUGGGCGAGAGUGAUAGCGAUAGCGAGGACCUAGAUGAUGAUGACAGUGAUGAAGAAGAGGAAGAGAAUGACAAAUCCAUUGUCAUAGAUAACGGGGACAAUUCAGACUCCAAUGGAGAAGCAGAGGGAAGUUUGGAUUCUGUGACUGGCAGAAAAGUCGAUGGUGGUGCAUCCGAGAGCGGUUCUGAGGAAGAAAAGGAUACUCUUCUUAAGAAUCUUGAGUCUGCUAAAGAUGUCAAUGUAAAUGCAGUUCAGCAAGAAGGUGAAAGUCUGUCCUCCCUCACUCCAGACAGUCAAGAAAUAAUUGGGCAGAGUGGUGUUGCCUCUACUUUUGCCACUGAUAUUGCAUCUGCGACCGAAAGUAUUCAAACAGAAAAGGAAGCCUCUGGUACCGAGCCAAUUGUUGUGGAAUCUAGCUCUGGUGUGAAAGAAAGCAAUGUUGCAGAACCCAGUGAUAAUUUAAGCCCUACACCAGUUCCUCAGGAAGAUGCAGUCUCAGAGGAUUCAGACUUGGAAAAGCCUUUUAAUUUUGAGGAAUUUAGUUCAGCGUCGGAACUGGAGGUCCUCGGUAUGGAGAGGUUAAAGUCAGAACUUCAAGCGCGUGGGUUGAAGUGUGGAGGCACUCUGCAAGAACGUGCAGCCAGGCUUUUCUUACUCAAAACCACGCCUUUAGAGAUGCUUCCAAAGAAGUUGCUUGCUAAGAAGUAAUUUUGUGCUCGUUUGUUUUGUAGCUGCUUGUAAUUGUAUCCCCAGAUGUUUCAGUGUCAGUUUAUUCUCUAUUGACUUACCGUGUAGAUAUGCAUGUAUUUCCCUGGGUUCCAACAAUUUCCAAGGACGAACAACAGUAAUUCACUUUUCAGAGUAAUGAAAGGUGACUAAUGUUGA